AUGGCAUCCUCCAUUGUAUUGGCGAGACUUGUCCUAUGGUUUAUCUUGGUAUCUUUCACAGCUAAUACUAGCUCUCCAUCGAUAGUGGUAGCAUCUGAAUCAUCAUCACCAGAAGCUAAGGCUCUACUCUACUGGAAAGCUAUCAGCAUAAAUGGUGGAGCUCACUUUCCUGAAUCUUGGAAUGCAACUGAUGCAAGUCCAUGUAUAUGGGAUGGGAUAGUGUGCAACUCAGCUAGAAGAGUAAUUGGGAUAAACUUAUCCAAUUACGCCUUACAUGCAGACCUCAACACUUUGAAUUUCUCGUCUCUUUCGUGCUUAGUUCAUAUCAAUCUUAGUCACAGUGGGUUAUUCGGAACCAUUCCAGGCCAAAUUGGUAUGCUCUCCAAACUCACCUAUCUGGACCUGUCUUAUAAUUCUCUGUAUGGUGAACUGCCUUCUUCACUAGCUAUUCUUACUAGAUUAGCUGAGCUUGACAUUUCGAGUAAUAACAUAAGUGGUCAACUUCAUGAGUCUUUAUUCACCAACUGGACCAAACUAUCUUCCCUAAAUCUUGAUUACAAUCAGAUCAAAGGGCAGAUCCCUCCUGCUAUAGGUAAGUUGAACAACCUCAUCAUUCUCUCCCUCUAUGACAAUAGUUUCAACGGCUCAAUACCUCAAGAAAUAGGAAACUUGAAGAGUCUCAAUCGGCUGUGUGUAGGCCUAAACAGGCUGUCUGGUUCAAUACCUGCAGCAAUAGGGAAUAUGAAAAAUCUGAUUCUGUUGGACCUAGCCUACAACAUGCUCUCCGGUUCAAUACCUGAAGUAAUGGGGAAUAUGAAAAGUCUGAUUACAUUGGAUCUGAGUUACAACAUGCUCACGGGUUCAAUACUUGAAGGAGUGGGGAACAUGAAAAACCUGAACGAGCUGGAUCUAAGUGACAAUAUGCUUACUGGUCCAAUACCUGCAGGAAUAGAGAAUAUGAAAAAUCUGAAACAGAUGGACCUAAGCACCAACAAGCUAACUGGUUCAAUACCUGCAGGAGUGGUGAAUCUUAGAAAUCUUGAAGAAUUGGAUCUAAGUAAUAACAUGCUUACUGGUCCAAUACCUGUAGGAAUGGGAAAUCUUAAAAAUCUGCAACAGUUGAAACUAAGCAAUAAUAUGCUUACUGGUUCAAUCCCUAUGGGAAUUGGAGACAUGAAACAAUUGACACUACUUAAUCUCAGCCACAACAAGCUAAAUGGCUCAAUACCUGCACAUAUAGGGGGAUUCAACUUCCAUUACAUGGAUAUGGAUUUGUCCUACAAUGAUUUGGAGGGUCCUGUUCCGAAUAAGAUGGCCUCAGAAGCUCCAAUAGGGGCACUCAGUAAUAACAAGGGUUUAUGUAGUACCUAUAGUAAUUAUCAAGGUCUCCGCCAUCUCCCACUAUGUAUUAUUACUAAAAGCGGAGAGAAAAGGCAUAAAAUCAAGAUCUCCACCAUUAUAUCUCUUUCUAGCAUCAUACUUGUUGCGAGUGCUGUAACUAUCGUUAUCUGUUUCCGAUUGAGGCUCCAAAAGUCGAGAAGUUUCCAAACUGAAACAAGAGAAGAAAAAACUGGAGAUCUAUUUUCGAUAUGGAAUUAUGAUGGAGUGAUUGCGUACAAUGACAUCAUUGAAGCAACAGAAGAUUUUGAUAUCAAAUAUUGUAUUGGGACUGGAGGUUCUGGGAGUGUUUAUGUAGCAAAACUGCCUGCUGGGCAACUUGUAGCAGUAAAGAAACUACACCGCCUAGAAGCUGAAGAGAGAGCAACUGAGAAGAGCUUCACCAAUGAGAUAAACGUAUUAACAAGAAUAAGGCAUCGGAACAUUGUGAAACUUUAUGGGUUUUGCUGCCAUCCAAGGUGUAAAUUUUUAGUUUACGAAUACAUUGAGAGGGGAAGCUUAGCUUAUGUACUUGGAAAUGAAGUAGAAGCUGUGGAAUUGGAUUGGAGUAGACGUUUAAAUGUCAUCAAAGGGGUCGCUCAAGCUUUGUCCUACUUGCAUCAUGGCUGCUCACCACCACUAAUUCAUCGGGACAUAUCAAGCAAUAAUGUCUUGUUGGAUUCAGAACUUGAGCCUCAUGUCUCCGACUUUGGAACAGCUAGAUUGCUAAAUCCGGAUUCAUCCAAUCGAACUGUAAUUGUAGGCACAUAUGGGUAUAUUGCACCAGAGCUUGCUUAUACUAUGGUUGUGACAGAAAAAUGUGAUGUUUAUAGUUUCGGUGUGUUGGCAUUGGAGACAAUUAUGGGAAAGCAUCCGGGUGAACUCAUCUCUUCAUUAUCAUAUGCAAUUGCACAAGAUACACCACUAGAGGAUGUAUUAGACCCACGUCUGUUGCCUCCUGCUGACCAGAUUGCACAGGAUUUGGCUUACUUGAUGAUGCUUGCACUUUCAUGCUUACAUCCCAAUCCACAAUCUCGUCCAACUAUGCAGUGUGUGUCACAGGAACUACUUAGGAAACAAUUGUCAGAACCUUUUCACAAGAUUUCAGUGUGGCAAUCAAGAAGCCUCAAAAUACAGAUCCAUGAAAUAUGA